AAUUUAUACAAAAUCAAAAAUUAAGGAUCAAAAUCAAGUCAAAUAAAAGUGUAGAGACCAAAAUAAUAUAAAAGGUAAAAUGUAAGGACUACUAACGUAAUUUCUCCAAUUAUUCAGAUAAAUAUUAUUAAAAAAAACAUGCAUUUGCCUGUAGAAGGAAAUGUUAAAGACCCAUGCAAAAGACACUCGACUAGAGAGACUCUUUAAGUAGUACUACAAAAAAAAACCAUCAUAAUAAAAACAAUAAUGCUAUGGGUCAGGAAAUGUUUAUCAGGAAAUGGAUCAUGAAUGAGUUGGCAUUGACCAACUCAUCUUGGUGGAGCCCCCAUAUGUUAUUAAAAAAAAAAAGAAGAAGAGAAUUUGGAAAGACUAGAGAGAGAAAAUUGAAUGCCUUCUCACCAUUGUGAUUCUUCUUAGAACGAACUGGGGAGAGAAAGAAAGAUAAGCGUCAUCGGAAUACCUUCUUCUCAUAACUCAUCUUUGUCAUCGUUUGACUGAGGUAUGGAUAAAGAAAUAUCAAGUGGAUCAAAUGAGGACUGUGACGAAAUUGAUAUUGAGACUGAAAUAGAAGACACAAAAAAUGUAGAAGUUGAAAUUGAGGAUCCUAAAGUGGGAAUGACAUUUAAGUCAAUUGAUGAAAUUUAUGAAUAUUAUUCAAGAUAUGGGAAGAGAAAUGGUUUUGCAGUGUCGAAGAAAUAUUGUAAAAGGGGAGAUGAUGGGGAGAAAAGAUAUGUAACUAUUGCUUGUACUCGUGCUGGAAAAGCAAAAAUCAGAACAAGCAAUAUAGUUAAACUACGCCCACAAACUAAAACGGGAUGCAAAGCUGGACUUAAUGCAAAUUUACAAGGUGAUGGAAUGUGGAUAGUGCGAUCCUUAAGACUUGAGCAUAACCAUGAAAUGAGUCCAAGCAAAUCUCGUUUUUUCAAGCAAAAUAGGAUUCUUGAACCACAUGUGCAAAGGAGACUUGAAUUAAAUGACAGUGCAGGAAUUAGGAUGAACAAAAAUUUUACUUCACUUGUGCUUGAAGCUGGAGGGCAUGAGAAGUUGUCAUAUUUAGAGAAAGAUUGUAGGAAUCAUAUGGACAAAGUUCGUCGUUUGAAACUCGAGAAAGGAGAUGCCACUGCAAUGUAUGAUUAUUUUGUGAAAAUGCAAGCUGAUAAUUCAGAAUUUUUUUAUGUCCUGGAUUUGGAUGAAGAGGGCAGAUUACUAAAUGUAUUUUGGGCUGAUGCAAGGAGUAGGGCUGCAUUUAAAGAGUUUGGCGAUGUGGUUACAUUUGACACGACAUACUUGGUAAAUAAGUAUGAUAUGCCCUUUGCCCCAUUUAUUGGGGUCAACCAUCAUGGACAGUCGACAUUGUUAGGUUGUGGACUCAUUUCACAUGAAAAUACAGAAACAUUUACAUGGUUGUUUAAGUCUUGGCUUGCAUGCAUGUCUGGAUGUCCUCCAAAUGCUAUUAUUACAGAUCAAGAUAAAGCCAUGAAAAAUGCUAUACAAAUUGUUUUCCCUAAUGUGCGUCAUCGAUGGUGUUUGUGGCAUAUCUUGAAAAAAUUACCUGAAAAAUUGAGAGGAUACAAAGAAUAUGAGGCAAUAAAAUUUGGUAUACAGAAUGCAGUUUAUGAUUCCUUAACAAAAAAGGAGUUUGAAGAAAAUUGGAACAAAUUGAUAGAGAAUUAUCAACUUGAAGGCAAUGAAUGGUUAUUUGGAUUGUUUGAGGAUAGACAUCAAUGGGUACCUGCAUUUGUCAAAGAUAUUUUUUGGGCGGGAAUGUCAACCACACAACGAAGUGAAAGCAUGCACGCAUUCUUUGAUGGGUACAUCAACUCAAAAACCACUUUGAAACAAUUUGUGGAGCAAUAUGAGAAUGCUUUGGCGAAGAAGGUGGAAAAUGAAAAUGGUGAAGAAUUUAAUUCUCUCAACUCAUACAUCCCAUGCAUAACUCAGUAUCCAUUUGAGAAGCAAUUUCAAAAAGCUUACACUAUUGCAAAAUUUAAGGAGUUCCAACAGGAGGUUGUAGGACAGCUUCAUUGCAAUUUAUCUUUGUAUACACAAGGUCCUGAUUUUUCUGUAUAUGAAGUGAGUGAAGAUGUUCCAUUUGGAGAGAACCUUCGAUUAGCAACUUUCAUUGUCUAUUUUGAUAAGGAAAACUUUGACACAAAUUGUAGUUGUCGACUGUUCGAGUUUAGGGGAAUAGUGUGCAGGCAUCAAAUUGUGGUAUUAAUGAAAGAAAGGGUUCAUGAGAUACCAGACAAGUACAUUUUAAGAAGAUGGAACAAAAAUGUGAAAAGGUGCCAUAGUAAAGUGAUCAUCAAUUAUAACAACUCUUCAAUGUUGCCUGAAACACGUCGGUAUAAUAAAAUGUUCAAUGUCUUCAAUGAUGUGGCUGAUUUGGCAACUGAUUGUGAAAAUAGGUGUGAUAUGGUGGUCGAACAGUUACUUGAACUAAAAGGGAAAUUAAAAGAAGAAGUUGAAAUUGAUUAUGGAAAUAAUAAGUCUAGUUUUGUGAGUAAUCAUCAUAAUUCAACCACUCAUGGAGAUGGUGUUUCGAAGUCAAAGGAGAGUAGAAUCAUACUUGAUCCAGUCGCUAUACGUCAAAAGGGGAGGCCACCAUGUAAAAGGAAACAAUCCAUGUAAUAACCCGACCCUCGUC